UGGUGGACAUCAGGAGUUGGCUUCGGCACGAAACUUGAACUUGCACAAAGUUUCCUUGCCCAAACUGUCUUAGGUCCCUUGCUGAGUUGCAAUUCGUUUUGAUCUCGCACCGUUUGACUCGCAGCAGUUGCCAAUAAUCUGACGUUUUUUUUUGUAUCAUGGAGCCCAUGGCGUGCCAGUGGACUGAUGCUCCUCACAGCAUGGGGACUACUAUCAUGGCUGUGGAGUACAACGGAGGUGUAAUUCUUGGAGCUGAUUCUCGUACUACUACUGGUGUAUAUGUUGCCAAUCGUGCAUCCGAUAAAAUCACUGAACUUACUGACAAUGUUUACCUCUGUCGCUCCGGCUCGGCAGCAGAUUCACAGGUGGUAUCUGAUUACGUGCGCUACUUCCUCAACCAGCAUACGAUUCUGCUCGGGCGGUUGGCCACUGUGAAAACUGCUUCAACACUUGUCAAGGAACUCUCAUACCAGAAUAAGUCGUUUUUGGAGACUGGUUUAAUAGUUGCAGGCUGGGACAAAUAUGAAGGAGGCAGUGUGUACGGCAUCCCUCUGGGAGGCACUCUGUUGCGGUUACCUUUUGCCACAGGAGGUUCGGGUUCUAGCUAUCUUUACGGAUUCUUGGAUCAGGCUUGGAAAUCUAACAUGACUCAAGAAGAAGCUGAGGCACUGGUGGUCAAGUCCAUUUCUUUGGCCAUUGCUCGAGAUGGUGCUAGUGGUGGAGUUGUCCGGACUGUGACGAUCAACGAGGAAGGGGUGCAGCGCAAGUUCUAUGCUGGAGACAAGCUACCCCUUUUCCACGAGGAGAUCGCUCCUCGUCCUACUCCCAUUCAUGCUAAUUGAUGAAUUAUUUCUUUCCUCUUAUGCUCCCUGCAUCUGAGGGUUUGAAUCUCGAGAACCUUCUAGUUUGUAGUAGGUUUGAAUCUCGAGAACCUUCUAGUCUGAAGGAGAAUCCAAUCAAUGAUCUAGGCACUGAGCCACAUCUCACAAUAUGUUUUUGGUUCUCAUGGUGAACCACACUCCUCUUUGAUAGGGCGAAGUACAUUCUGGAAAUCAUUUUCAGAGAUAUGUAAAAAACCCUUCAGAGAUGUGUAAAAAGUUAAAAGCAUUUGUCUACC